AAUGCACCAUCACGGAACGUAACAGAGAGUGAAGAUGGCGUCCUCCUGGAGACGGUUGUUGUGUUUACGCUCCGGGAUCUGGAGCCUCUUGUUUUACUGCGUUUACUCCCAUUUAAAGCUCGUUCUGUCGGAGGAGGUGGACACCUGCGACAACCUAAGCCUCGGACAGUACCGCUGCAACAAUCCAAAGAUCGACGAUGCCACUCAGGAGCCUGAGAACUGCCGAGACACGACGGCCUGGGUGGAGUGCCUCCCGGCGCCGAACAUCAGCUGUCGGCUCUCUAACGGGACGGAGUUCAGGUUCAGUGGGGAGGAGGUGGGCUUCAACAAAACCAUCCCCUGCAGGAACGUGAGUGGUUAUUCCUAUAAAGUAGCCGUGGCGUUGUCUCUGUUCCUGGGCUGGCUGGGAGCCGACCGCUUCUACCUGGGAUACCCCGCUCUAGGCCUGCUGAAGUUCUGCACCGUUGGUUUCUGUGGAAUCGGCACUCUGAUCGACUUCAUACUGAUCGCCAUGCAGAUCGUGGGUCCAGCAGACGGAUCCAGCUACAUCGUGGAUUAUUACGGCGCCCGUCUGACGCGCCUGUCCAUCACCAACCAGACCUACAGGAAGCCACACCUCGCCCUGUGAACGCAGCGGGGCACGGGUUACACACGUUACACUACCGGUCCGACAUGUAAAGACGGAGAAGACCGCCAACAACAGAGGAUUCACUCAACUUUAUCGACACCCCCCGACUGGGACAUUUAUUCCCCCCCGACGGAUCUGAAAACCUUCAAACUGUUAACUGUAACCUUCAGACGUCAGCUGAUCCACAGACACACUCUAAAGAUCA